AUGGCGCCCGCUAUCGCCGCCGAGGAGGGCGGGCGGCAGCGCCGCGCCGGCACCCGCCAGCACAGCCUGGACCUGACGGGCGAGCCGCCCCACGACGGGCUGCCCGGCGACACCGAGGCGCUGCUGCCGGCACCGGCACCGGCGCGGGCGCGGGGGUACCGCGCGGAGCUGGGCAGCAUCCUGCUGCUGCUGGUGCUGUACGUGCUGCAGGGCAUCCCGCUGGGGCUGGCGGGCAGCGUGCCGCUCAUCCUGCAGAGCAAGAACGCCAGCUACACCGACCAGGCCUUCUUCAGCUUCGUGUUCUGGCCCUUCAGCCUGAAGCUGCUGUGGGCGCCCUUGGUGGACGCCGUUUACCUGCGGGGUUUCGGCCGCCGCAAGUCGUGGCUGGUGCCCACGCAGUACGUGCUGGGACUCUUCAUGAUCUACAUGUCCACGCAGGUGGACGCGCUGCUGGGCGACGGCCACGGCCGCGGCCCCGACGUGGCGGCCCUCACCGUCACCUUCUUCCUCUUCGAGUUCCUGGCGGCCACGCAGGACAUCGCGGUGGACGGCUGGGCGCUCACCAUGCUGUCCCGGGAGAACGUGGGCUACGCCUCCACCUGCAACUCCGUGGGGCAGACGGCCGGCUAUUUCCUGGGAAACGUGCUGUUCCUGGCCCUGGAGUCCGCCUCCUUCUGCAACAAGUACCUGCGGUUCGAGCCGCAGCCCCGGGGCAUCGUCACCCUCUCAGAUUUCCUGUUUUUCUGGGGAGCUGUCUUCUUAAUUACCACUACAUUGGUUGCCUUUUUGAAAAAGGAAAACCAGGAGCUAAUACCAGCAAAGGAAGAAACAAAAGGCAUCACUGACACAUACAGGCUGCUAUUCUCAAUAAUUAAGAUGCCAGCAGUUCUUACUUUCUGUGUCUUGAUUCUCACUUCAAAAGUUGGGUUUUCAGCAGCAGAUGCUGUAACAGGACUCAAACUGGUAGAGGAGGGGGUCCCGAAAGAGCACCUGGCUCUGCUGGCAGUUCCAAUGGUUCCUCUGCAGAUCAUCUUGCCCUUGGUUAUCAGCAAAUACACAGCAGGCCCCCAGCCCUUGAACACCUUCUACAAAGCAAUGCCUUACAGGUUGCUGCUUGGCCUGGAGUUUGCAUUUCUGGUGUGGUGGGCUCCAAAAGUAAAGCAUGAAGGAGGAUUUCCUGUCUACUACUACGCUGUGGUGGUGCUGAGUUAUGCUCUACACCAGAUCACCCUGUACAGCAUGUACGUGGCCAUCAUGGCCUUCAACGCCAAGGUCAGUGACCCGCUCAUCGGGGGCACCUACAUGACCCUGCUCAACACUGUCUCCAACCUGGGGGGCAACUGGCCCUCCACGGUGGCCCUGUGGCUGGUGGACCCCCUCACAGUGAAGGAGUGUGCUGGGGCCCAGGGCCACAGCUGUGCCACUGCAGCGACCGCAGAGCUGUGCACAGCAGCUGGAGGUUCCUGUGUCACCACGCUGGACGGGUACUACGUGGAGUCUGUCAUCUGUGUCAUCCUGGGCUUUGCCUGGUGGUUCUUCCUCGGACCAAAAUUCAAAAAGCUGCAGGACGAAGGACAGUCUUCGUGGAAGUGCAAGAGGAGCAAUUGAUGCAUUUAGGUGUUGGAUGGACCAGCAAGGUGGUUUUAGUUUUAUUACAAAGACAUGUCCCAUAAUCAGCACCCCGGAAUGUCGGUGUUCCUGUGCCAUGCCUGGGAGAGCUGCGUGGCUGAGGCAGGGCUGUGUGUGGCACCACAGCACAGGCUCAGUUCAGAAAGGAAUGGCUAAAGCAGCACCUCAGUGCUCCAUGCUUACCCCUGGCUUACCACAGAGCUGCUGAUUCCACAGGGCACCUCUGGGAA